GUCGCUGAAGGAAAUGUCUAGUUUAAAUGACAAGUCAAUUAACUUUAGAUUGUUUACACGAAGAAUGCCAUUAGGCUGGUCGGCCUAGUCCAACCAAGAAGACUGUUGUUAUUUAUUUUUAAAAUACUUACAAGAAAAUGGCCGACUCAAGGAAGAAACAAUACUUUUUCUUCAUUUGUAUUACAUUUCUCAGUUUUCAUUUGACAACAGUGUGGAGCAAGAGGACAAACAAGAAAAUCUACAUCAAUCUCAAGACUCAGAGUGCCUGUUUUAGGAACUUAAAUGCCACUCACCAAGUUGGAUGCACAUCUAAUUGGAGAGGCAAUGUGGGAACAAUCCAUUACAUCCAAUCCAAGGAGGAUUUUGCUUGGAUAUUGUCAAAAGGUCAGCAUGCACCUUAUGUUGCUUUGUUGAACUCUGUGGAUUUUACUGGGGAAAACAUCAAACGCCUCUACACCUCAGGGCGCGUCAAUGGCAUUAUGGUGAUCAACACACGUAACGACAGUCAAGCUAUUUACCCUGCUGAAGGAUUCUCUUCUGUUGACAAAUGUCCUAAUGAUAGAUAUGGUUUGUACAGUGACAAUCCUGACUACCAGGGCUGCAAGAAGGUGGAGUGGAACAAAGCAGGCACAUCCCUUCAUUUCUCAGACAUUGGUCUGCCAGUCUUUGCCCUGUCUGAUCCCAGUGAUGUGGACGCUGUCUUAAAUCAGUGCUUUUACCGCUUUAAUCAGCCAAUCAACGAGACUAUAGGUUAUCCAGUUUGCGCUGCGGAAAUGAAGUCCAGCAUGGAAGCCGCUGUUGACUCUGUGACCUGCUUGCGCCGGUCCGACCGGGUGGUUCUCAGUCUGUCGGAGAUGCAGGUGUUUUGUGACCAGCUGGGGGACAAGAAUGUUGUGGUCAACAUGAAACCUGUGGCCCACCCUGAACCCAGGCAGCCUGAUUCUGUUAUCAUGGUUGCCGCUAAGCUGGACUCUGCGUCCCUCUUCCAAUUUGAGUAUUACGCUGCCGACACUACGGUGGUGGGGAUAGUGGCCAUGCUGUCUACCAUAGAGGCCUUAUGGAAGAUGAAACAUGACAUUGAAAACAAUACAAAUGCUAAAGACAUCAUGUUCACCUUUUUUCAAGGGGAAUCUUUUGACUACAUUGGAUCAAGUCGUGUGGUUUAUGACAUGGAGCAAGGGGUCUUCCCUCAGGCCGAGUCCAAGGACAAGACCUACCUCAGCAACAUCUCCCUAGAGCACAUCAACCAGAUAGUGGAGAUCAACCAAGUUGGUUACCGUGAUGGUGGCAGCCUGUGGGCACACACUGAUGUUCUCUCCAGGUCCAAACUGGAGGAUAAGAUUACAAAAAUGAUAAAACAGCUCCAGAAUUUUGGCCAGGAGUUAAAUGUUGGUGUGAGUGAAGCAGAUAAGGAUCUGCCUCUGCCCCCAGCCUCUGCCCAGAGAUUCCUGAAACGUAAAUCAGACAUCCCAGUGGUCGUCUUGACUGACCACAGUAAAGAGUACAAAAACAAGUUCUAUAACAGUCACCUGGACAGUGGAGAGCUGAUUGAUGCCCUGGAUUACCCCAGUGGCCUUAACGAGACCAUGAAGUACAACUAUGUGACCACUCAGGCUGAACUUAUAACGAACUUGUCCUCAACACUGGCUCGUUAUCUGUACACCACAGCCACCGGCUACAACCUGAGUGAUGAAGUCAGACAGAACUUAACAGCAGAUUCUUCUCUUGUCACUCACCUCCUGUACUGUUUCCUGGUCAGCCCCAACUGUGAGCUGUUUCAUGAGACCAUAGAUACUGUGAACGAAAAAAGCUUAAACGAUGCCAUCCAGCCAUUUCCUUUCUAUGUGAGUGUUAAAACCCACACCAAUGAAGUGACCCGGUUGGUGUACGCCCUAGUGGCCAGAUUUACUGGAGACUUGGUCAUGGCAAAUGAAGAGAAGUGUAAAACUCCAGAUAAAGACAAGCGCUACAACUAUCAAUGGAUGCAGGGGAACCUUGUGAAUGACGGGAACAAAAGAGCUGGAUGGUGUUACAAGUCUUUAGUUCAGUACACAGAGGCCGUGUCUCCUGCCUUUAAAAUAGAUGGUUACGACAUGCUCUCUGGGCAGUACUCAACAUGGACCGAGUCAAGAUGGGGGACCACAGCUAUAGGCGUCAGGCUAUUCCUUGUACCCAGCCAAAACUUCCAGGUAACCUUCCUGCUCGUGGGUCUGCUGGUGUUUGUGGUCUCACUGGCCCUGGUCUACGUGUGUCAGGUGCGCAGCGCUGUCAUCUUCCACGCUGGCAGCUUCAACAGAGCUUCCUCGUACAGCCCCAUGACGUAGGGCCUGGAGCCACACAAGAGAGAGCGCGGCGGACAACGUUUAGGCUAUUAGUUAUGUUUUUUUUUAAUGUGGUAUGGGUAGACAUGUAGAUACAUUAAUUUUAUAAAAAGGGCCAUCAUGAUUGUGUUGGUCAAUGCCUAACAUGAUUGUGUUGACCAGUGGCCAUCAUGAUUGUGUUGACCAGUGGCCUUCAUGAUUGUGUUGACCAGUGGCCAUCAUGAUUGUGUUGACCAGUGGCCAUCAUGAUUGUGUUGACCAGUGUCCAUCAUGAUUGUGUUGACCAGUGGCCUUCAUGAUUGUGUUGACCACUGGCCAUUAUGAUUGUGUUGACCAGUGGCCAUCAUGAUUGUGUUGACCAAUGGCCAUCAUGAUUGUGUUGACCACUGGCCAUCAUGAUUGUGCUGACCAAUGGCCAUCAUGAUUGUGUUGACCAGUGGCCAUCAUGAUUGUGUUGACCAAUGGCUCAUGAUUGUGUUGACCACUGGUCAUCAUGAUUGUGUUGACCAGUGGCCAUCAUGAUUGUGUAGACCAAUUGCCAUAUUUAGAAACAGUGAUUCUGAAACUAUUUAAAAUAGCUGGCAAAUUCUAAACACAUUAAAUUUUAAAGGCAAUAUUAUUAUCUAGAAAUAUAUAGUAACGUAUAUUAAUAAUCUUACAUCAAUUUUAAUAGAAACCUUGUAGCCAAGUUAUAGAAAUUGACUGUUCCUUAAUGCAUUAUUUUGAAAACCACCAAAUGAUCCUAUCAAAUACUGUCAUCUAAUGCAGCAUCAUAAUGGGGACAUCACCUUAAAGCUUCCUCGUCAGGUCACGGUGGAUUGUAUCAUUUUUCAGCCAUAUAUACAUUUUAUUUCCCUUAAUUUGACAAAAACUUUUAGUUUAAUUUUCACAUAAACUUUUGAUACAUUAUUACGUUUUUUGGGUUAUGACAAAAUUUAAUGUUGUAAUCAACUUUUUUUUUUCUCAAGAAAUUUGUGUGAAUACUUGCUUUAUAAAAUUAUCAUCUAACUGUGGUAUACUAAUGACAAAAAAAUAAGCAAUCAGUAUUUAAAUUUCUUUAAAAAUUAUUAAUGUAUGCUGGAUUUAAGUCAAUAAAUAUUUAUUAAAAAUGUGGACCUGCUCAUACUCCAUGUACAUACAAAUUUGAUAAAUGUAUGACUGCAUGUAUGUAAUGUACCUCCAUGAAUUUGUACAUAUUUAUACAUCAAUUUAACAUUGCUAAUUGUUAUCAAUGUGUCCACUAAAUAUUGCUUCUUAUGAACAAGUUAUUUUAAUAACAUUAUUUCUAACUGGAAUAAUAUUUUGUUAGAUCGGAGGGUCUAUGAACACCAUUGAUCUCUUAAGAACAGGAUAUUUAGUGAAUAUAAUGUGAUAACAAUGUUGUUGUGUAGUGUAAGAAUUUUUUUUUACUGUUAUGAGAUUUCACACAGUGUUUUCUCUAGCAUCUUGUCUCAUCUUUUAGUACAAAGUACACACUAUGUACACGCAAAUAAUCCCUUAGUACAAUGUACACUCUCUACUCAUAAUCCCUUCACACAUUCCCUUAGUACAAUGUACACAUCCUUUACACACAAGUACCCCUUUGUACAUGUUGUACACUCUUUACACACAAUCAUCCUUUAGUAUAUUGUACACCUAAUACCAGCUCUACUUCACUGUAUACAUAAUACCACUAAGCACAAUGUACACACUAUACAAAAACAUUUCAUAGCACAAUGUUCACACAGCACAAUGUACACACUAUACAAAAACUCACUACUUGACUGGUGAAAUACACCAGUUACUUAAUUAAAUUCUGGUCAAGGCUUAAAAUGUAAUUAAAUCUGUUUGCAGUGGGGUAGCUCUUAAAGAAAUAAUUACUGUAAGCCUGAAAAUAAAUUUUUGAAACCUUUUAAAAAUAAGUAAUGUAAUUUUGAAAAAAUAGCUCUUAAGUUACUGUAAGCCUGAAAAUAAAUUUUUGAAACCUUUUAAAAAUAAGUACUGUAACUUUGAAAAAAUAGCUUUUUAAGUUACUGUAAAACUGAAAAUAAAUUUUUGAAUACUCAUAUAAAUAAAAUUGCCCCAGACCAAAACAAAACGACUCUUGAAAGACAUCUAAAAAUCUGAUAAGAAAUAAGUUUUGGAAAAAAAUUGUCUGAAACUUCUUUGUACAGGUCUUCAAAGUAAAAAAAAAAUCACACCCUAAUCAUGUGUACAUAUUAUGCUCUGCCCUCUGGCAGUUUGAGUUUUUUCUCUUUUGUUGACUGAUUGUUUACUGGGGUUUUUGUAGAUGCCGAUCUUCAUUUCAUGAGUACAAUCGUAUUUCUCCAAGGUCUAUGCAUACUGUCAUAUCUCUUCAAUGCUAUUGCACAUAAUUGUAUAGCUACCCCUUGGUAUGUUGAUAAUUCAAUUUUUGCAUAUUCCUUUAGUUAAAAACUUUUCAUGAAUAUAAUUAACAUGGUAAAUAUGAAAUGUUUAACCUGAAAUACCAAGAAACAAAGUAUGUACAGCACUAUCAGUUUACUUGCACUGUAGAAUGCUUGGUGGUUCUCUUGCUAUAUUUAAGUGCCAGAUUUUGCAGGAAUUUUUUUUUUCUCUUUGUCUAACAUUCCAUGCUUUGAGUUGAUGGUUCCAGGCUGUAGUUGGUGUAUCUAAUAUAUGGGUAGGCUAGAGAGUACUUGUCUGGGGUCUUGUUGGGCUUAGAACUCAAAACUAUAUGCUAUGAUAAUGUGCGACGUGCUAUAACUAUGUUUAAUGAUUAUAUGCUAUGAUUAUUUACAACAACUAUGUGCAACUAAUAUGUGCUAUUGCUAGUUCCAAUGAAUUUGUACUUUGACACUUGUUGAAAUCUUUGCUUGUUAUCCAUCACCAGCUAAUUUGAGCUUAUUUAUUUUGAGCUCAUUGUACGAAAGAUUUGUGAAUGAACCUGUUUAAUGACAGAACUUUUGUGUGUGGUAUUUUUGGUGAGCUUUAUAUUCUAUGAACAGCUAUAUCGGUAACAUCUGUUAUUGACAGUAGUGAGCUAUAGUUCUAUCAGCUGAUAUUGACAGUAGUGAGCUAUUGUUCUAUCAGCUGAUAUUGACAGUAGUGAGCUAUUGUUCUAUCAGCUGAUAUUGACAGUAGUGAGCUAUUGUUCUGUCAGCUAAUAUUUAUAUGGCUUUUUACUCUCUUUGUUUACACUGUAAAUCUAUGAACUGAACAUUGUUUGAAACUUUUUGUAUGUCUUUGAACUGACCAUUGGACCAUACUCUUUGACUUCUUCAAUGCAGUUUCUAAUUAUGAUUGAUGUGUGUAGAAAAAACUUGCAAUGGAAAGACUAGUACAUUUCUCCCCCAAACCCACUGAUAAUUUACCUAUUUAUUACCAUCUUCCAUUAAUUAAUAUAGUGAUUGUUGUUCCACUGCAUAGUAAUUGUAAAAUGUAACAAGUUAAACAAGACUUCAAUAUGAAUCCUCUUUUUUACAACUAUCAAAAAUGACUACUUCCCAAUAUUAUCUCAGCUAUAUUCCAAUAAACUGAUUGAGAUGUUACUCUAAUGAAAUCUAUCUUUAAUCUGUUUACUUUGAUUUUCUUUUCACUGUUUGUCAUUCAACUACUGAAAAUCGUCCAAUAAAACAAUUUUGAAAGACAUUUUUUAA